AGCGCGGGCGGGCCUCGCGGGGCCGCGGACGCUCCUUCUCGCCGGGCCGCCGCCUCUUCCGGCCGCUCACCUGGGCCCCGGCCCCGGCGCCAGGAUGAAGGACCGGCUGGAGCAGCUGAAGGCCAAGCAGCUGACGCAGGAUGACGACGCCGACGAGGUCGAGAUCGCUGUUGACAACACAGCUUUCAUGGACGAGUUCUUCUCCGAGAUCGAGGAGACGCGCGUCAACAUUGACAAGAUCUCCGAGCACUUGGAGGAAGUGAAGAGGCUCCACAGUGUCAUCCUGUCUGCGCCCAUCCCCGAGCCAAAAACCAAGGACGACCUGGAGCAGCUCACGACCGAGAUCAAGAAGAAGGCCAACAAUGUGCGGAACAAACUGAAGAGCAUGGAGAAGCAUAUUGAGGAAGACGAGGUGCGGUCGUCGGCAGACCUUCGGAUUCGGAAAUCCCAGCACUCCGUCCUGUCCCGGAAGUUUGUGGAGGUGAUGACCAAGUACAACGAGGCCCAGGUGGACUUCCGUGAGCGCAGCAAAGGGCGGAUCCAGCGGCAGCUUGAGAUCACCGGCAAAAAGACUACCGACGAGGAGCUGGAGGAGAUGCUGGAGAGCGGGAACUCUGCCCUCUUCACCUCGGGGAUCAUCGACUCUCAGAUUUCCAAGCAAGCCCUCAGCGAGAUCGAGGGCCGGCACAAGGACAUCGUGAGGCUGGAGAGCAGCAUCAAGGAGCUUCACGACAUGUUCAUCGACAUCGCCAUGUUGGUGGAGAACCAGGGGGAGAUGUUAGAUAACAUAGAGCUGAAUGUCAUGCACACGGUGGACCACGUGGAGAAGGCUCAGGAGGAGACCAAAAGAGCCGUCAAGUACCAGGGUCAGGCCCGGAAGAAAUUGGUAAUUAUCAUUGUGAUAGUAGUUGUGUUGCUGGGCCUUUUAGCGUUGAUUAUCGGACUUUCCGUUGGGCUGAAGUAAGGGCGGCCGUGCUGACAUGUGUGUGGCUGAGUCUUACUGUCACUCUUCACCGUCACCCGGGGUGCUGACCCGACCAGCAUCUCCCCCCGCCCCGCCUGUCGUAGAGCCCGGUUUCACCCCAGCCUGGUGUGGCCGCCACCCCUGCCUUCAGAUGGGAGCAGAGUGUGAAUGGCCUUCCUGAGAGAGAGAGCCCCGUUCCUUUGUUUCCCUGUAACCAUCCCUGGGCCUGACCCGGCACACGGUCUCGCCCGGGAGGAGCCUGAGCGCCUCACCACCUUUCCUACCCCACCGGCUCUGAAGCGCCUCCUCCGGGACUGUAGGGACCACACCGGCUUCCGUCUCCCCUCCGACGUGCCAAACUGUGGCCUGUGCCUUGGGGAGCCCACCUGAGACCUCCCCGGUGCUGCUCUGCCUACCUCACGGAGUGUUCUCCCCAGCACUGGAAUGGUUUGUUUUAAAGUGGGAUAUCGUUAACAAAGCAAGGGGAUUCUUCCAAGUUUGGCAACAGUAAGACCUGGGCCGGAGUCUCCUGCCUGGCAGGAUCCCAGUCCUCCCAGCUUAUGGUCCUUGUCUGAAAGCAGGAGGCGCGGGCAGAGGUCGCUGUGGUCUCGGAAGCUGCCUUCUCUGAAGCGCAGCCUUGGAACGACGCUCCCAGUGUGCUGAGCUGUGUGGCCGCCUUCCACCUCUGUCUCUGCUGUCCUUCCUCAUGUGGACUCAGGGACGCACCGCCUGAGACCGUCAUCUGAGGUUACUGUCUGUCUAGGCUGGGCUGUGGCGUCACCGUGCCCGUAUCUGGGUCUGGGGAGCUGCUGUUCACUGCGGGGAGGCCCAGAAUAACCAGGCCUGUAAAAUCAGCCGGGGCUCAGGUCCUUGAGGGUCAGGCUCUGGGAGCUUUCAGACAGGGGCAGCUGUGAGUGUUCAGGCAUUUCAUGUGUUCCAGAUGUAUUUUUAUAAUCGUAUGUGUGACAUGUACGUACAUAUAUGCAUGCGUCUCUCAGGAAGUAGGGAACUGGAAAUGAGGAUAUUCUAACCUCAAAAGAGUAACUUGAACUAGGCUAAAAAUCAGGAAUCAUAGUAGAAACGUGAUCUUCUCCUGUCAUUGGGAAACUUGCUGUUUUCUACACAAGUGCUCAGACCACCCAGAUGGCUGGGGUGGGCACCAGGCAGGUCCCCGCUAGCAGACACGAGGAGGGACGAGCUCACCACCCCUCCCCGCUUGCUGCCCAGGCUGGGCUUGUCCUGAGAACACCCCAUCGCAGUCUGGUUUUGUUCGCAUGACCGUGGGGCUGUCCUGUGUCCAGGACUAAGCCAGCUCGGGAAGCCAAGGUCCACUCAGCAGUUCUUCCUGCUCCCAGGUUAGUGGACUUGAUAGAUUGCUUGUCGCCCCCACUCGUCAUGGAGGAAACAACAGCCAGGAAAUUUUUAAGCUCCUGGCUGUCCUGGCCAGCCUCCCGAUUCGUACUUCAGCUUUGACUUGAGUGCUUUCUAGGAUAGGGGAGCAGCCUGACCCAGGCACCCCGCCUUCCUGUGCCAGGGCCACUCACUCAGCCAGCGCCCAGCACUCGGACGGAGCCGAGGGGGCCCCGUCGCCUGUGGCUGUGAUGUCCGACUCAGGCCUGGCUCCAGCAAGGCAGGCAGCCAAGCUCCAAUCAGACCUUUGCUCUCCUGAGACUCAGGCCUGGGGCUUAUCAUUUGGAUACAAGUGAAGGGUUUUUUUGUUUUUUUUUAAAAAUGUAAACUGGAUAAUUUUAAUUGCUAAUUUAAAAAUAAAUGACUCUAUAUACUGACUGUGAAGUGGUUCUGGCUCCAGGUCCCUGCGAAACACUUGCUGAUGGGCUGCCCCACGUGGUGACUUGUGUUUGUUUUGGAAAGGGGUGAAAAAAAUUUUUAACUGUGUGCUAGAGCAGGUGGAUCCAAAGUUCUAAUUUUUGAAAAUGGUUUAACUCCCAAAGAAUGCACUGUAAAGAUCCAUGUAUUUGGAUCUUAGCUUUCAAGGGAGUCCCCCCAAAAGACUUUGGCUUACUCACUGAGAAUAUCUGUGGCUCUGGGGUAAGUGGGGUGAGCCUGAUGUGAUGUAGCCGCAAGGCAGAACGAUCCUCUGAGCUUGCUGUUGACUGUGACUCUUCACAGAGAGGUGAUGUGUCUCUCAGCAUCCUGGGUUCUAGAAGCCAGAUCCAUCUUCCUUUCCCUUCACGUCCGCUUCCGCACCCAGACCCAUCCCUGCCUGCCUUCCUCUGAAACCCUCUCUGCAGUGACGUUGUUUCUCACGUGCUUUUUCUUUCCUCGUCUGGAUGAACAGAAGAAGAUCAUGAUCAUGAUCUGCUGUGUUAUCCUUGCGAUCAUCUUAGCUUCUACUAUUGGGGGCAUAUUUGCCUGAAAAAACACCAACAGCCCUCACAGAUGGACCCUCACCUGCUUUCUCAGUGCUUCUUCCACCUCUGUGGGGCCGCUGCUUCGCCGCCGCAGACUCCUCCCGAGUUGUUCUUCCCAUUGUGAAACCUCGUAUGAAAUAGGACCUCAACCUUCUCCCCAUUCAGAGUGACGCAAAGGGAGACAGAAUAUGGCCUUGGGCGGCAGGCAGGCUGACUGGGUGGGGGUAUGGCGCUUUGUGGUGGGUUAGGAAGGCGGUACAUGGACGAGAAUGCGUGGGAAGGAGACCCUUUAGGAAAUGGACUUGGAGCAGGAGCCCCCUGACUUCAGCUGUCGGGGGCGGAACUUCACUGCGGGGGGUUGUCCAUCCGCUGCUGCUUCUGCACUUGCGGUUCCAGGUCUCACCUUUGACCCACCCUCCGUCCCCUUCCUUCAUCAGAGCUUCCGUCUCUGAGGCGACUGUACAGUGAUAGAGCCCGAGCAUGGCUCCUCACUGCUGUGUCCACAGUGCUUAGCACAGCGCCUGUCUGUCCACUUUAGAGCUGCUAUCUGUCCACUUUACUAUGCUGAUUUCUGCUAUGGACGAAUCCUUGGAUUUGAUUCAACACUGUAAGGCAUCAGUGGGAAAUGAUCUAUAUCACAAGGCUAUAAAAAUGCCACAGAGUGGGUUGAUCCACUUAUGCAAAAGUAUAGGAGUGCCCCCUCACCCCCCAUUUCCACAACAUACACUUUGAAGUCCUUUAUCUACGGGAGGUGGGGAUAGGAGUUGUGCAUAGCCUGUUACUUUGCGGAGAGGGCUGGCCCAAGGAUUGUGGUUCUGUAAUUAAACGAAAGAAACAGGUUUAUGCUGUGACUGAAUGCCCCACAGUCAUCACCACCACUGCUCCGUGAGCCCUAACAAAGAGGUGACAAUGUUAGAUCAGAAGGCCAAAUGAACCCGUCAUUAUUACUUCUGAUUCAGCUGCCAGCUAAGACGGGCGGCAGUGGCCAGCAACACGUGUACAACAGACUGUUCCAAACACGGUCCUCUAUUCAAAGUUCGGGUGUGUUCUAAUGCAGCCUAGUGAUUAUUGUACAAGAUUCACUAAAAAUACAUUAAAAUCACAGUAUACGAUUCUUGAGCAUCACUCAACUGCUUAGAUGAAUCUGUACUUUGGAAAGUAAAUUAUUUUGCCAUCAAGUCUAACUUUUUAAGAACAGGGGGUAAAAAAAAUGGACACUUCAGUCAGUGUGCUGUUUUCUGCCCACUUUCAAAGGAAAUAUUUCUAUCAAUCUGUAUCUCCUUUGGUUUGCUUACAGGAUAGCAACCACUGCUAGCUAGCUCUGAAAAAACAGAUGAACUUUGUUCAAGGCAAACACGGAGCUGGAAUCACGGGCUUUUGAAUGACCCAGGCCCUCGCUCAUUCAGCAGUAGGGAUCUGAGUGCUGGGCAGCCCCUGCCCUGUGCUAGGACCUAUAGGGACACAGACGCAGAGCCAAGCACCCUCCAUCCUCAGAGGGUUUCAGGCCUAGGAAGGACCACAGCAUUGAGCUUUUCCAUCAGUUUCUUUUGCUAAAACGCAAGGGUAUGUCUCUUGCCACACUGUCCCAACACCCCCCCCUUCCACGACUGAGAGAAGAUGGGUAGCUGGGCAUAAAUAAAUAUGUUGUCAAUUAUUUUGUG